CCAACGGCACCGACAUGGAACUUGUGGGUGGCUUCCCGCUUUUAAGAUGGUCGCAGACGGCUAAAGUUGGCUAUGUGCCAAAUCAGAAGAUGCCGAAAACCUUUAUGGCGGUUGCAGUGGAUCUUCCCGAUUUCCAUUCUCCACAUGGAACAAUCCAGGAUGUGUGUCAUAGACUGGUUCUCGGUGCUUUGGCCGUGGCGUAUCAAAGGAAGAACAUCGCGUAUCAAGGAUCCUUCACAUCAGCCUUCACGGAGGACAAGUCCAAACAUCACCUCACUAUAGAGUACGACAAUGGAAGAACACCGAGACAACAAGAACGGCUUCGAUAUUUGUUGCUCUGCGCAUGCUACAACCUGUGGGGCUCAGGACCACUGGGUGGCUGCACCAAUCACACACAGCGACACAUCGUCAGUGACUCUGUCUACUUCCGGUUGCACGCAACACGUCGUGGGGUUGCGAUACGAGUGGAGAACCAGUCCAUGCGAGUUCAAGACGUGCGCCAUCUACGGUCGGGACAACGAUCUUCCCGCGCCGCCCUUCAUUAGGACAACGGCGUUUUGACCUCGCUUGCCGCUCUUAAGUUCGCCUCCUACUACGGCAGCCACAUGGUUCUACAACGUGGUCCUCAGAGGGCGGUAGUCUGGGGAACAGCUUCCACCAUCGGAGACGUCGUCACGGUAACAGUAAGCGGUCACGGGCACGCCACUGGUCACGUGGCCAAUGACGGAACUUGGAAAGUCAAACUACCGGCCAUUACGGAGCAUGGCCCCUUCACCAUCACAGCAAAGUCCAGUGAAGGGCACGUAACUCUAACCGAUGUUCUGUUUGGUGACGUCUGGGUGUGCUCUGGACAAAGCAACAUGGGAUUUUCUUUAAACCACGUAAUCAAUGCCAGCCAGGAGAUUGCCACGGCAAGUAAAUUCCACAACAUCCGAAUCUUCAGAGCGACUACAGUACAGUCUCCUACCCCAUUACAAGAUCUGAAGUCCGUCUCCACUCACUGGUCCUUGCCUAACUCCAAUUCUUUGCCGCACUUUUCGGCUGUGUGCUGGCUGUACGCGGAAUACCUCUACCCACACGUCAAUCACCCCAUCGGUCUCGUGGAUACGGCGUGGGGCGGGACUCCGGUGGAGGCGUGGUCUUCACCGGAUGCUCUCGGAGCAUGCGCAGCAAAACAGAAACGAGGUCCUGGCGGACAUAGCGUUUUGUGGAAUGCUAUGAUCAACCCAUUUUUACACAUGACCAUCUAUGGCGCCAUUUGGUACCAAGGAGAAAGCAAUGCUGGUCACCCGGAUGCCUAUGCUUGCCAAUUUCCAGCCAUGAUAAGAGACUGGAGAAAAAAGUUCCACGAUGCAUCGCUCAGGGAGACCCAUCAAAAUUUCCCGUUUGGUUUUGUUCAGAUCGCUGCCAACGCCCAUAAUCUGCACAAUGUUGGUGGAUUCCCGCCACUGAGAUGGGCACAGACGGCUAAAGUUGGCCAUGUGCCAAACCAUAAGAUGCCCAAUACGUUCAUGGCUGUGGCGCUGGAUCUUCCUGAUUUCCACUCUCCUUAUGGAACAAUCCAUCCUAGAUACAAACAGGAUGUGUGUCAUAGACUGGUUCUCGGUGCUCUGGCCGUGGCGUAUCAUAGAAAGAACAUCGAGUAUCAAGGACCCUUCCCAUCAGCCUUCACAGAGGACAAGUCCAAACAUCAUCUCACUAUAGAGUACGACAACGGAAGAACCCCGAUUGAAGUUCGAGACACCAAAAACGGCUUUGAUAUUUGUUGUUCUGCGCAUGCCACUACCUGCGGGGCUCACGACCACUGGCUGGUUGCACCAGUCACGCACAGCGAUACAUCGUCGGUGACUCUGUCUACUUCCGGUUGCACCCAACACGUCGUGGGGUUGCGAUACGAGUGGAGAACCAGUCCAUGCGAGUUCAAGAAGUGCGCCAUCUACGGUCGGGACAACGAUCUUCCCGCGCCGCCCUUCAUUAGGACAACGGCGUUUUGAAUAAUUAAUCUGUUACGUCUGUUUUGGUAUUAACAAUAAACAAAAGUAUAUUAUA